CGCUUAUUUCUGCUGCGCGCGUCUCCAUUACAGUACUGUCCCAAGCCAGGCACGGGAAAGACCAGAGCUUCUCCUCUAGCACCUCAAACAUCAUCCUGCACAGGAAAUAACCGGCUGCUGCUGGACCGUUAUUUGGUUUUAGAAGUCAAAAUGAUGUACUACAGCAUCCUCGCUUCAGUCUGUCUGCUGGGCCUGGCCAGCUCUCAAAGUAUAGACACGCUGACUGCUUGUUUGACCAAGGAACAGAAUUUAAAGAUGGAGUGCAAGUUCACGCGAUCUAAAUCAACCCAUGAGGUUGUAUGUACCUACAGAAUAAAUGAUAAAUUGGCGGCCAGUACGGAUAAAAGACAAGCCGUGGAUGACACAUACAAGAACCGGGCUACUGUCGACAUCAAGGACAAAACAUGCGAGUUGCACCUGACAGGUUUCAAAGGUGAAGUGUCCGAGCUGUACAACUGUACCAUCACUCAGGACCAGAUUGCUUCAAAGACACUACCUGUGGAAAAGAAAAAUAUAAAGGCCUGCUCUGCUGGCAAUACUCUGAAGCAUGGUGGUGUGAUUCUGCUGUUGGCGUUUGUCGUCCCUCUCCUGUCUGGGAUGCUGUGAGCCAUCAGGAUGAAUACUGGAGAGAAAUACAGCCUUAAACGUUCACCGCUGGCCAGGCCAUGCCAAUGAAGCCAAAGUUUCCGCUCUGCACUGAAGAAACAAUCUGUUCCUGCUCCUGAACUUUAAGUGCUUUCAAUCGAUGAGGAUAAUGCCUGUAGUCUUUCAUUUAUAUUCACUUCUCUAGUCUGUGUUGGUGACAAAUCAGUGUUAAUGCUGGGAUUUUCUGUCUCCUUUCUGUGUGUUAGUGGCGACUUCUUAUAACAUGCUGUAUUGGAUCAUAUUGCUUACCAUAUUAUAUCAUAAGAAACAAGUGAAGUAUGUGGGUACUGUUUUUUUUAUUUUAUUUUCAGGUUUUAGCCAUCAUGUUUACCAGGAUAUUAGUUUAUUCUGAUUUUUAUUGGAUGUUGCAUUACUGCAUUAAAAAUGACUGUCUAUAUA